UUUAUCGAUUAGAGAUCACUCUCCAUCUUGUUUGUUCUGUAUUAAGGGUUUGGUUCUCGGAUUUCGACCGAUUUGAGAAAAUUUUCAAAUUAGGGUUUCAAAAAUAUUUGGGGAUAAAUCGAUUUCGGGAUUCUUUGGGGGUUUAGAUAGGGUUUCGAAACGUUUUUGGUUUGUAUCGGUCUCGGAUCUCCUCUCUGUGUCUUAUACGGAUUGAAACCGUAUCGGGUUUCAAUGGAUUGUCGUUUCUUAACUGUUUUUGAUAUUGUAUUUGUUCCUUGUCGUUGGUUUGCUACCUUCUCGUUCAUGUGCUUUUGAUUAUUGUGCUUUUAAAUUGUUCUUACUCGUUCUUUGCUGUUGAUUUUAUUGGUCCUUAACUAAGUGUUUACUUGUUUUGGUUGCAGAUAAACGAUAAUGGGACGAUACAGUUACAGCCAGCCUUCUUCAUCCUCACACUCUCCAGACUUAACCUCCCUCCUUGAAGCCGAAGGUGAGGUGUACGCGGCUGAAGCUGAGAUUACUCGGUGGAAUGCAGAAGCCAUUGACUGGGAACCAUCACCAGAGGGUGAUGAUGGCAUCCCGAGGACAUGCUACUGUGGUUCAGAGCCAGUUCACGGAUACUCCCAAACUCCAAAAGAUCCAUACCGAUGUUACAUAACGUGCCCCAAUGCCGAUGAUAGAGACUGCCACGUCUGGAAAUGGUGGGACAUGGCGGUGGAGGAGGAGCUGAGAGAGUUUCAGAGGGAGCUUAAUGGGGUUAAGGGUGAAGCGAAUCAACGUGAGCAGAAGUUACUCCGUCUUGAGAAGCAAGUUUCCAAGUUCACAAAGAAGAAAUCAGGAGCUAAGCUAAUGGUCUUUAGCUUAGUGUUAGGGUUGGUGUUGCUUAUUGUGCUAGGAAUACUUGGAAAGGAUUCAAAGGAUUGGGGCGUACGUGCUUUGUUUCUUUAA